ACGGUUUGUCAGAUUGUUUAUCAGUGUUGUGUGCAAAAAAAUAUGCAAUGGCAGAGAAUUCCGCUCAUUUGGCAGCUAAUUUGCAGACUAAACCAUCCCUAUUUGAGGUAGUUGCUGCAGAAUCCCUCUCAGGAACAUUCUAUCCAGCAUUUAAGCGAAUAACUCAGUUCCUAGUUCUACGAAAUCCAGACAAAUUCGGCUUCCUGGAGCGAUAUUACGAUGAAAUAUUCCUCCUGGCCAAUGGAGUAAUACAGAAUUACUAUCUAAAGAAUCACGGUGGGACCCUGUCGGAAGUCUUCUACGGAUUGAGGCGAUUCUCAACAAGGACUAAUGAUUUCACCAGGAAGGAUCACAUAUUUGCCUUAUUUUGUUCUGUGAUACUGCCCUAUUUGAGGAUAAAGGCAGACAGGAUUGUGUCGAAAUGGAAGGAAGCCCUGAGAGAUGGUGCUCGUGUCCCACGGGCUGAUCUCAAGGAUUUCCUUAUUCGCAUCCAUGGGAUUUCCGUGGGAAUCCAUGAAUGCCUCAAAAUUGCUCAAUACAUUGCCUACCUGUCGAGCUACUCAACGUCCCACACACCACUCCUCAGGAUUGCCAAUCAAGGAUUGACGUACAUACAGGAAGAGGAGGGUGUUGAGUGGACUUGGAGGAACCUCCUUCGGGGACAACUUAAAUUGUCCACCGUGCUGAGCGAAGUAAUCCUAAAAGGUCUUGAAUUUUCUGCAUUCUUCAUCCAAUUCCUCCAAUGGUGGCAAACCGAAGCCCAACACACAGAUCUCACGAGUCUUCCAACGCCAGAUUUUCCAGUCAUUAAGCAGGAUUUCAACUAUCACGGAGUUUGUCCAGUUUGCCUGGGAAAGUGGACAAGACCUACAUGCUGCGCCAUUUCCGGAUACAUUUACUGCUACAAAUGCAUCGUAACUGCAAUUGAACGCACCGGGAUUUGUCCAGCUUCCAACUAUCCCAUCUCAAUUGAUGACAUCUUCCUCCUCUUUGACGAUUAGCGCCCGCUAAAUCUAAAGGAUCCUCUAAAUUUUACUAAAAGUAAUAAAACCACAAGAAUGCCUUCAAAUUGGACUCUGCGCUAAUUUAUUUUGAACUUCAAAUCUCCUCUUUAGGGAUGUUCUGAAAAUCAACAUUCACAUAAUAUCUACACAAGGUGUUUGAUAAAGAAUAUUGUUUUUUUUUUGCAUAUUUGUUAUUACAUUUAUGAAAUAUAUAAAAUAAUGUAAAAUAAGAGACAAAUUACAGAGAAAAAAAAACAUUAAAAAAACCAAAAAUCUUCAA